AUGCCUCGCAUUGUACAGAAAUCUCGUGCUCUAUUUCCUGCCAUUUUUGCCUCAUAUCCUGACCUGUUCAAUGAGGAAGCAUGGCAGCAGCAAUUUGGAUUCCCCGGGUUUGACGCAGAUCACAUCUCGAAUGUAAAAAAUGAAGAGCUCCCUGCAGUCCGUGAGUUUCUGAAGCAUGUCGGAAAUCUCCCCUUGGACAAGGCUAUAACUUGCAUCAAUACGAAGGGUGCCGAUGCGUUUCUCCAAGGCCAUACCACAUACCACCACUGGUGGUCGAAAUCGCACAUGGUGUCAAAGCUCAUAAUCAUGCACAACCAUGCUAUUCUCCAUGCUGGUAUCAACAUCAAGGCAAUGUAUUGGGUAGCUGCAAAGAAAGGGAAUGCAAAAUUCAUCAUGCUUAUGAUGUUUGGAUCAAAGGAGGCAGAGAUUGCAGAAAGCAUGUUUGGCAGAGCAUUUGAGGAUAAUGAGUCGGGUUGUAUGCGAGAGGAGUUCCAGCAACUCAUCCACUCAUUGAUAUUGGACUACAUUGAACGUCAGCGCAAGAAUCACUGCCAGGCAGAAACAUGCAGACUUGAGGCGAAGGGGGAACUCGAUGCCAUGUGGAAAUUGUUUGAAUCUGGCAAUGGCCAAAUCCACCUGAAAGAUGCAAAGAAGAUCUCAAACACUCUUGAGAAAUAUGAGAAGUACAUUGGUUGGGAGGCAACGGAGCAGGAUAAGGCUGCAUUGGCAGAAUAUGAGCAGAGGAAGGGCAAGUUUGAACAGGUGCUUUCGAAGGCAGAAGCUCAGGAGGAGGAGUUGAAGAAAAACAAAAAGAGUUCACAGUACAUCCUUGGACGUAUGAUGAAUCGAAGAAUCGCUGUUAUGGCCACUGAAGAGGAAAUAGCAGUGCUCCAUGAGGACCUUGCUUCUCGGCUCGAGAGCAUUGAAAGCACACGCAAUAGGGAGGAGGCUGAACAACAUGACAUCGACAUCAAUCCGGGCCUUCCUUCACACCCUGGUCUUAUUGGGUGGGAGAAAUGGAAGGAAUGUGGGGACCUGGGGGUAGAGUCUUGGUCAAAAACUACUGAUAAGGUGCUUGCUGAAAUGCUUCGAUGGGACAAUGGCUGUCCCGAUGAAUUUAACCCAUUCAUUAACACUUCCCUCACCGAUUACUGGGAAAACCCUGACUAUGCUGCCAAGAUUCCUCCUGGUGGUGAUGAAGACAAUGAGGUGAUGAACAUCAUGUGGCAUCAAAUUGUUGGUAUAACAGCAAUGGUGAACAUGCUAUGGACGACAAAAUUGGAUGAUGAUGGUGUCCCAGGAAUCCUCCUUGCUGAUGAGGUGGGUCUGGGCAAGACUGCCCAAAUGAUGGGAUUGCUGGCAUUUAUAAUAUCAUGCUAUCGGGCACAGAAGCUCAGCAAGGAACUGCCCCCAGUGCUCGGUGAGUACGGCCCAACACAAUUGCCAUAUUUCUGUGGUCAUAAACAGAUUCCUGAUGUGCCACAUCUCAUUUUGGUCCCUGGGACCAUUAUAGAGCAGAUCGUGGGUGAGUUGAAACGGUGGUUCCAUCCUCAUGUCAUCGACAUUUUUGUAAUGCCGACGAUGGAGCAGAGAUGGGACGAGUUCAACAAGGCCAUUGAUUCAUCGAAGCAGGACAAAUGCAACAUUGUGAUCGUUGCAAGCCAUAGUAGUGUCAGUCAGUUAGCACAUCGCAAUUUGUGGAUCACAAAGUCUAAGACUGAAUUGGUGUCUUCUCUGCAUCCUGCUAAGACAAAUUCAUUGGAUUAUGAGCCAAUAUGGUCAAGGAGUUUCUGCAGUGUCAUCGUCGACGAAGCACACAACUUCCGGACACCAAAUGCUGCCUACCAUGCAACUCCGCUGUACCAGUCACCUUGUGACCUAAGCAACCUCGCAAGACUUAUUUGUUUGAAGGCAUUCAUAGGUAAGGCAGCUGAAUCACUCGAGAAGGAGAAAGUCAGAGAGCUGUCAAAGAUGUGGAGGGAUGUCACCAAGGGCAACAAUGGCAAUGACGAUGCUCUCGCCAUGUUCAACACGAAUGCCUUGAAGGGUGUUGAUGGUAGAAAUCCAUACAAAGGGGUGUACGAUGCUAACAAUGACUGGAUCAUUGACAUUCAGGCUCGCUAUGAAGGAUGUAUCAUUCGAUGGGCAGUAACAUCAAUCAAGUACACUGACCCCCCAGCUGACAAGCCUAUCAUGCUCUUGAAUGAACUCCCACCAUACGAAAAGAUUGAAGUGAUGGUAAGCAUGGCAGAUGCUGAGAAAUGGGAGAUGGACAACCAGAUGUCGAAGUGGAGCAGUGAUUCAAAGGCACAUGGAGCUGUUGAUGUCAUGGAUGCUGGGGUAUUUUUGCUCAAUUACCAGCUUGCCAUAGCAUAUCCACAAUCUCAACGUGAUCCUGACUAUCUGUCGAAAUCUGGCAAGAAAAAGUUUCCACCAUUCAAAAGUCUUGAAGAGUGGGAAAAGUAUCCAGGAGCAAAGCUUGAGGUGACAUUGAGAUUGUGCAAGCACUAUUUGUCUGAUGACAAUGCAUCUCCACCAUAUAUCAAAGACGGUCACCUCAUUUUCCCUGAUCCUCCUGCAAUGGCAACCGGCAAUAAGAAGAAGAGGACUCAGCAGAUAAAGAUCCUUAUCUUUCAUGAGUUCCCUAUGAUGGAUGAACUCAUCAUGUCGGCCUUCAUUAUGAAUGGCAUUAAAAUCUUGUCACUGAAUGGCUCCAUGAGGCUCAUGGCAUGUCAACAGGUGGUUGAGAAAUUCCUUCAUCCCGAUUCAGAUGUUCGUGUGCUUCUCCUCAGCCAGAUAGGUAGCUCUGGGCUUAACCUGAUGAGAGCUUCUGUCAUCAUCCUCUUCGAUAUUGGUUGGACUGCCAUUCAAGAAGAACAGAUGAUUGGUCGUGCCCAUCAUCAUGGGCAAAAGGAAACCAUUUACGUCUUUCGCCUUAUUGCGACAGACACUAUUGACGUCUUGAUGGCUCAACACUCUGGUUCAAAAGCCCAGCAGCUUCAGCAUUUCUUCAAGAAGCCUGAUUUUAAUGCAUUCUGGCUGCUGUACAAUUGUGAUGUACCAGCAGAUGCUCCUGCUGCAGCUGAUGGAGAAAGCGAUAACGACGAUGAUCAGAGCACCCAGGAAAGUGCCGUUGAACAGCCUCCUGCAAAAAAAUGCAAGACAAAUAGCAAGAAAACGGCGAAAACAAAGGAAGUAGAUGUCAUCAAUGAAUCCCACCAUCAUCGUAAAGUGCCAAAGAAGGUGCCAGAGGAUGGAAACAGGGAGGGAGCUCCUGCCACCAAGGUACAGAUGAUGAUGCAGAGAGGAUCUGUAGAUGAGGCUGGACCAUCGAAGGCUGGACCAUUGAAUACCCAGUCAAAGCCCAAGCCCAAGCCCAAGCCCAAGCCUAUCACAAAGCCAGCACUGAGCGCACCACAGAAUCCCAUCAAGGAGGGUAAUGCACAACCUGCUCAAUGUGAAUCUCAGCCCUCGGCCCCCUCCGCUCCAUCAUCCCCUCUUCCUCAUCCUGUCAUCCCUUCCUCCACCCCUGUAGUUAUACCACCACCAGAGCAUGGAAUGACUGCCAUCACUGCCCCCUCCAGCAAUAUUAUCUCGACACCAGAUGCUAAUGAACUAAUUAGCAAUGAUGAGAUAGAAAGCUAUGGGGGCACUGCUAGUGGUGGUGCUUCACAACCUCUCGAUGAUCUUCUUGACUUCGAUGACCUAACUCCUCUGUCUUCCAAUGCCCCCUCAUCUCCAUCAACACCAACCCCAUUGCCUGGCAGGAAGAAGUCCAUUUCAACUGCACCAACAGGGAUCGGGACAUACAAGCAGAAGCAGGAGGAGCAGAAGAAGCAGGAGCAGAAGAAGAAGAAGAGGAUGAGUACAAUGAUGAGGAUCAACAUCGUGAUGUAUCCUGGACACCUCCUUCUGCUAGUGCCAUUAGACACUGGAUAUCUCGUCAAAGCAGGUGCCCUGAGUCCACCCAUAUUCACAAUCAUCGUCGACGACAUCAUCGACAUCUAG